AUGAAAGACCCGGUUAUAACCAUAACUGGCAUCACAUAUGAUCGUGAGAGCAUUGAGCAUUGGCUAUUCACUAGUGGAAAAACAACCUGUCCAGCCACCAAACAGCCCUUGCCAAAAGACUCAGAUUUAACCCCUAAUCACACCUUACGCAGAUUGAUCCAAGCUUGGUGCACUGAGAAUGCAUCGCAUGGUAUUGAUAGAAUCCCCACACCUAAACCUUGUCUUGACAAAGCCUAUGUCCUUAAACGCAUAAAAAACCUUUCGCAUCAAGAGUUGCAAAUUAAGACUCUUGCACAAUUGGAAUUGCUUGCGGCGGAGAAUGAAAGAAACAGGAAGUGCAUGGUGGAUGCUGGCUUGCCUAAGGCCAUGCUAUUGUUUAUAGUAGCAUGUUUCAAGAAAGGUCAAGUUUCUGGUGUUCAAGAAGCUCUUAGUAUAAUAUGGUUUACUAGAAUUCCUCGAAGUGAAUCGAGGGUGUUUCUUAGUGAAAACGAUAAGAUUAUCGAAUCCUUGACGUGGGUUUUAGGGUGUAAAAUGGAUGAUUCUGCCAUUGUUAAAUCCCAUGCAAUUUCGGUGUUGAAAAUACUACUUGAAGAAGCGAGUUCUACCGUACUGGAAAGGCUUAAACCUGAACUAUUUGAGAGGAUUGUUGGUGUUUUGAGAGAGAGAAUCACUCAACAAGGUAUAAAUGCUGCCUUGCAGGUGUUGUUAGAUGCUUGCCCUUGGGGAAGAAAUCGGAAAAUGAUGGUGGAAUCCGGUGCAGUUUUUGAGCUUAUUGAGCUUGAAUUGGGAUCACCUGAAAGGAAAACCACAGAGCUCAAUUCGGGUGUACUGUUUCAUUUAUGUUGUUGUGCCGAGGGAAGGGCCGAAUUCAUACGUCAUGGAGGUGGCAUUGCUGUGGUUGCGAAGAGAAUCAUGAGGGUGUCUCCAGCAGUCGAUGAUCGAGCCAUUCUGAUUCUUUCAUUGAUAUGUAAAUUCUCGGGAACAAGUAUGGUGAUCCAAGAAAUGGUGGAUGUUAAAGCUGUGUCAAAGCUAUGUAUGUUGCUUCAAGCUGACUGUGCACCAUAUGUGAAGGAAAAAGCUAGGGAAAUCCUUAGAUCACAUUUUGAUGAGUGGAAGAACUCUCCUUGUCUCUCAAGUCUGGAGCACCAGGUAUCCACCUAG